AUGGAAGGUGAUAAUCCCAGAGUCGAACCGAGUAAAAAUGUGCUUAGAGCAGUAGGAGCCAGGAUAAGUAAUGGCAAAAACAAUAAAUCUUUUAAGUUGCUUUAUUGCGCAUCCAUAGACUCUAAUGUCGCCCCUGAUGUAGAAAAGUUUCAUCUUAAAUGCGAUUCAAAAAAGCCAACAUUGACAAUUUUACACGGAAAACACAACACUAUAUUUGGCGGCUACACAGGCGUUGAAUGGAGUUCUUCCAAACAUGAUACUAGGAAAGAUACAGAGGCCUUUCUAUUUUACAUGAACGAUAACGAAGGGGCCGUAUGCAAGUUUUUUCCUGUAAAGGACAAUAAAACUGACUUAGCCAUUACAUGUGAUGCAAACUUUGGUCCAACCUUCGGGGCAAACUCAUUUAUGAAGAAUUACGAUCUCCAAGUUUUCAAGAAAGAUUCUAAACCUGAAUCAAAACAAAAAGGAAACUUUUUCCAAUUAAAUGGUGUGUUUGAUAUAGGAAAUGUUUAUAAUACAAACGAUGCAGACGGAAGAAAAGUGAAGAGCAAGGACAUCAAUUCGGGAAUGUUGACAGUGCAAAAGAUUGAAGUUCUCCAUGUUAUAGAUGACGAGUAUCAUGAACCGUGGAGAACACAGCUUAAGGAUGAACAUGUCCGUCAGAUGAAAAAAGAACUUACAAUGAAGGAACCUAUACCCGGGCUAGGCAUCAAGAAAUACAACAUACUUCUGAUUGGGACAAUCGGUGUCGGAAAGUCUAGUUUUUACAACACUCUUGCGACUGUUUUCGGAGAUAAAGUAAAGACACAUGCUCCUGCAAGAGAGUCGAAAGGAAGUGUCACAAAUGAGGUUAAAGCAUACACGAUUGAGACGGAGAAAGGUGAGGAACUAUGUGUACGUAUAUUUGACAUCAGAGGAUUUGAAUCCCAGAGAGGUUAUGAGCAUGAACUUGCCCAUAUUCUAAAUGGACAAUUACGUAUCGGGUAUAAAUUUCCAGAGCAAAUGUCUGAGCCAACUGAAGAGGACAAACGUAAGCCAGAAACCUUGGAUGAUGAAAUCCACUUACUGUGUUUCUUGACGGGCCCGCCUGAAAAUUAUAACAACGCCCAAAUCAAGGAGAUUGACAACAUUAAACAUACAACCGACCUGAAAGGUUUACCAUUGGUUGUUGUGGCAACCAAGUUUGAUGAACAAUGCCUGAAUAUAACAGAGGAUGUGGACCAUCUGUAUAAAUGCAAAAAGUCAAAAGACACAACAGAAGAUAUAGCAAAGUUUUUCAAGAUUCAGGAGAACCACGUUCUUCCAGUUGUAAAUUACACUUCUGAGAACGUCAAAUCAAAAGGGAAAGAUAGACUAGCUCUACAAGCUUUCCAUAAAAUGAUAGAAGUAACAGAGGAUUUCCUUGCACAACAUAAAGAUAAAUGUUCGCUGUGUAGUGCUAAGGUAGAUCGCUUAGUGUAUCAGCUUCUGGCGACAAUAAUGUCAAUGCCUUUCAGCGAUCUUCGUUACUAUGUCUUCUGU